AUGUUGUCUUACAUUCGCCGAGCUCAGAGGAGAAGGAUGUAUGAACGAGCAAAUUCUGCAGACCAUGGAUCGUGCGCCGGCGAACCGGAGUCUCCAAGUUCGCCGUCGUCGUCUGAAAACGGGCCAAAAAGCGAAGGUUUUCAUUUCUAUUCCAGUGUAAAGAAGCAGCAUUCUUUGCCAGAAGCUGGAGCAAAAAAUCCUUUGCAAACAAGGAGGACAAGGUUGCAUGAAAAGCAAGAAAAAUUGAGGGAUCCAAAGACUGUGGAAGCGAACAAGGAUUCUCUAUCCGAGGGAACAGCCAAAGGUUCGCUAUAG